AUUACAGUAUACUUCAUGAAGAUUUUGAUUCCCUCUUGCAGGAAACAUUUGUAUAUCGUUGGAGUGAUUCUCUUGCUUCGUACAGCAGUGAUUCAUGCAUUGGAAGACGAGAAAACAGACUGUGGGGAGAAAGAGAAAGCGCUCGCCCUGCUAGAGACAGCUGAAGAUUUACUCUCGAAAGCAAAAGUUUUCUAUCCAACUUGUAAAGGUUCUGCUUCGAAUGAGUCUGACUGUGGAGCAAAAGAGAGAUCCCUGGCAUAUAUCGAAAUCUCGAGGAAUCUGCUGUUGGAAGUGAAGGACCAUUUUCCAUCAUGUCCCAAGGCUCAAGCUAAGGAGCACAAUGCUAACGAUUGCUCUGAAAUUUUGGCUAAAGGUCAGACUACUAGUGGGGUGUAUAAGAUAUUGUUGAAAAGCCCUUUUCCAAUAAAUCAGCCAAUUGAUGUGUUUUGCGAUAUGGAUACUGAAGGGGGAGGAUGGACGGUGAUUCAAAGGAGAGGUGACUUUCCCGAGCAGCAGGAUUUCAACAAAGAUUGGGAAACCUACCGGCAGGGCUUCGGGAAGUUGACAGAGGAAUUUUGGUUGGGGAAUGAAUAUAUUUAUGCUCUGACAAACCAAGGGGAAUAUGAAGUUCGCUUCGAUCUCGUCGAUGACAAAGGAGAGCAUCGCUAUGCUGUCUAUGAUAACUUUAGGAUAGAUGAUGAAAAUUCAUCGUACGCUUUGCAUAUUAGAAAUUACAGUGGAGAUGCAGGUGACAGCAUGAAAUCAUACGACGGUGCCAAGUUCUCCACCAGAGACAGAGGAGAUACUACCAAAGCGCAACAGGCUGGAGGAGGAUGGUGGCUGAAUGACAGUAGAUACUGCAACUUAAAUGGUAUCUACAAAACAAGAUAUCCAACAAGUAUCCACUGGUUUCACUGGCACAAAUUCGAUGGAUUGACCAGAGUAGAGAUCAAAGUAAGACAGCGAUGAAUCAAUGCUGGAAAAUGUCGAAUUUUACCCAAUCUAUGUUUUUACAAUAUUAAGUAACUUUAGUCUAAUAAUAAGGUUGAAUAGCAAGUAAAUCGCAAAAUUUGCUGUAAAAUGUUUUGAAAUAAUACGUUUACACGUAUUUUGGAAAUAAUAAAUAAAUGACCAAAUCUUAUGUAAAAUAUUACUUUAAUAAAAGCCAUUGCUUUUUGAGUA